GUUAGAUUGUACCGCAGCUUUGGCGCAUUUUCGGCUGGUUUGAUUCAUCCAUUUUGAAGAGACGGGGAGCGGGGGGCUCUUCUGAUCCAGGGGCCCAGAACCAAGGAGUGGCGGAGUUUGAGAAGGCAGCGGCUCGGGGUUCGGCGACAGCGGCCCCAUCGCCGAAGUUCGGGGGGGGUGGGGCGCCGAGCGCGCGGGGAGGGGGGGGUCCUGGUCUUUGGCUUCUCGACUCGGUCCUGUUUCGACAGCGAACAUGUCUCGGCCUGUCAGAAAUAGGAAGGUCGUUGAUUAUUCACAGUUUCAGGAGUCUGAUGAUGCAGAUGAAGAUUAUGGAAGAGAUUCAGGUCCUCCCACUAAGAAAAUCCGAUCAUCUCCUCGAGAAGCUAAAAAUAAGAGACGGUCUGGAAAGAAUUCACAGGAAGACAGUGAGGACUCAGAAGAAAAAGAUGUGAAGACCAAGAAGGAUGAUUCUCAUUCAGCAGAGGACAGUGAAGAUGAAAAAGAUGAUCACAAAAAUGUGCGCCAGCAGCGGCAGGCAGCAUCUAAAGCAGCUUCCAAACAGAGAGAGAUGCUCAUGGAAGAUGCGGGGAGUGAGGAAGAGCAAGAGGAAGAGGACGAGGCACCAUUCCAGGAGAAAGAUUCGGGCAGUGAUGAAGAUUUCCUAAUGGAAGACGAUGAUGAUAGUGACUAUGGCAGUUCAAAAAAGAAGAACAAAAAGAUGGUUAAGAAGUCCAAACCUGAGAGAAAAGAAAAGAAAAUGCCCAAACCCAGGCUAAAGGCUACAGUGACACCAAGUCCAGUGAAAGGCAAAGGGAAAGUGGGUCGUCCCACAGCUUCCAAGGCAUCAAAGGAAAAGACUCCUUCUCCCAAAGAAGAAGAUGAGGAACCCGAAAGCCCUCCAGAGAAGAAAGCAUCGGCAAGCCCCCCACCUGAGAAGUCUGGAGACGAAGGGUCCGAAGACGAAGCCCAGUCUGGGGAGGAUUAAAAGUGCUCAUGGUUUGGGGAGAGAUUUUAUUAAAAAAAAAAAAGAAAGAAAGAAAGAAAAAAGAGGGGGAAAAAGAGAACCUACUUAAGAUAGAACAUGGUUUUGGCUAUGGCUUGACUCAUGGGCUUUCAGUGCUUUUUUCUAUUUGUUGAAAAUAAUUUUUCUCUCUUCCCCCCUUUCUCACUUUUUCCCUCCCUCUUAUACUCUUCCUCUCUUUCUCCAGAAAACCAUUGUAUAUGGAAGUGUUUAAGUUACCUUUGUGUCUGUUCUUCUCUUUGCCACCACCCCUGUUCCCCAAUGAAAGCCAUGUCAGAUUAAUCACUGGACUGACUGCUCCAUCUUUUUCUUUGUAACGGAAGAUGCACACGUGUGAAGCAAUAAGAUCUGAGAUGGAGACUAUGGGAACUUUGCUUUUGGCUAAAAUGACGUAGCAAGUUGAACAGUAAUCAAAAAACAUAGACAGAUUUUAGUUAAAAAUAAUUGCUUCCUUCUCUGCCUGGACUUCUAAAAAAAUCAAUUGUCAUCUAAUAUGAGUUUAUAUAUCUAUAUACAUAAGUAUAAAUGUCUAAAAGAAAUCAUGACUCUAAACUGAUGAGUCCAGUAGGAGAUAAAGGUGAAUUCUGAAUUGUUACUAAAAGUACUCAUAUUUUUUACCUUAGUGGGUGGGUAUGGAAUGGUGGGGAUAUUCGACCAUAUUUGGGGGUGUGGGUUUUCAUUUUUAUUUCAUCAUUUAUCUCAAAGAGACUUGGAGCCCAUGAUUCUUUUAUCCAGCUGGUCUUUAAGGAGCUUAGAAAAUACAGGGGCUGCCAAAAUUGAAAUCACUUGAUUUCAUACUUUAUUGUCUGGGUCAUGUUUUAAAAAUAUGUAUCCUGUUUUUUGGAUAAAAUUUUACCAAGGAUAAGAGAAAGAAAAAAACCCUAGAACUGAAAUGGCAAAAUGGAUCUACACAUCACAGUGGGUUUCUUUUCAAACUGAGAAUGUUUAGGUUUUACACAAAUAAAUGUUCCAGGUAAUGUGAAACUCAGUCACAAAGGGUUGAGAUUUUUCCUUUAUGAAAACAUAGGUUGAAAUUGUUUUAUGCUGUAAAUGUGCAUUUAGAUCCCAUGAACCAUGCUGUUUUUAUUUGGGGAUAGAACAUUUUCAUUUUUACACCCAGAUCUUCCCAGUUUCUUUGUAGAAACGUGCUAUGAGAUACAUCUUCCCACUUCCUGCUGCUGCGUGGAACACCGCUUCACACCCUGAUCCAGCGGCUGUGCUGUAGGACCCUUCCAGGCUCUGUUCUCCACAUACUGAAAGGAGGGAGAUGUCUUAAAUGCCGCUUUCACGUUAUUGAGGGGCUCAGCCCCUGCUUACUGCUCAUGUUUCUUACAGCAGGAGACUGAGACUCAACUGGACUAGAGAAACGUAUGUGUUCUUUAGGAGGCCUGUGUGCCGUUGGUAACAGGAUCUUUCCACGCCUUAGAGAUAGUCAAGAGAUAGAUCUGUAGGUUUGAUCCUCCACAUCCUGAUAUUAUGCGCUAGUGGGAGCAAAGUUUAAGGGUCCUAGUAGGUUAAUAAUUUGAAAAUUAGUGAAAUUUAACUGCUUUUUUUUCUUGCCUUUUAAUCUAGAUUUGCUUCCUCAGUAGUCUGUGUGGCUUUUUUUUGUCUUUAAGUGGCAACAUGUUUUCCUCAGACAACGUGGCUUUCUUGCAGGUAUUCCCAGGACAAAGGGUUUUAUUUUUGGGGUGUUUUUUUUGUUUUGUUUUGUUUUGGUUUUUUUUGACAAAGGGUUAUUUAAGAAACAUUUUUACUCUGGUUUUUAAGGAACAUUCUUAACUCUGAUUUUGUAAAAAACACCCAGAGUCAGUCAUUUCCUUGUUGCACUGUGUGUUAAAGAACAAAUAGUGUUUAGCACAUGGCCAAAAAUACAGCACUUGGAAUAGAAGUUUGAGUUGGUUUAUCACCUUUCACGAUGUUUAAAUUCAUAGUUGUGAGCAUUGUAAUGAGGGUGUUCGGGAUUAUUCUAUUUGUUUUAGUUCAGGUGUCCAUUUUUAACAAAAAAAGAUUUAUGGUCAUAGAGUAAAAGAUCUGUCAGUGUUUCCAGUGUGCACUUCUAUUUUAAGUCCUACAUUCCUAGUAACAUUUGAGCUUUUCUUAGGUAUGUUAUAUGCAGAUGGGGGGGGGGCUCUUUUUAAUCCUUAGCCUCAUUUUUGUGUGUAACAAUUCUCUUUAAUACAUGAAUCUGCACUACCAUCUCUGUAACAUACGCACAUUAGAGGUAAUCAUGUUUUCUAGGCUAUGUGAUUUGAUUUGGCUUCUUGUUUAGUGACUCUUAAAACUAAUUCAUUAGAUCGAAAGCUGUAUUCUCGAUUUCUUACAGACUGGGCAGAAGGACCUGUGUCCCCAAGUGAGACGGACUCUGAAAGACUUGCUUUUUCCACUUCACUGAUGUUUUUAAAUGCUGUAGUGUUCACUCAAAUCAUGCAUGCAAGUAGAAGGACAGUUAUGGUGACUCAACUGGAAACAGGUGCUCGGUAGUUAGGCUUGCUAAUAGUGUUCGGAUGCGUUACAGCUGAAAUGGGUAGUGGCUGGCUGUUGUCAGUUCCCCUCAGCGAAACCUGCUCUUUUGUUCUAGUGUGCCUAUAGUGAAGUGGCAGUAGCAUUCACUGUCUUAACUUUGCAGUGCUCAGGAAGUAGGAUGUUGACUUUGAAGGUGCUUUUUAUGUUAUCUGAAGUCUAAGCUCCCCUAGGUUUACCUCUGUAACAGAUUUUGGCAGCUAUGCUGACUGACACUACAUUCUAAUUCUUAAGAGUUCUUUUGUGCUGUCCUCCCCUCCUCCAGCUAGAAAUGGGUAGUUUCUGUCUUACUCGUUGGUAACUUGCUGCUGCUUGUAGCCAUCCUCGCCUCAGAUUGGAGUCAGGAGUGGACCCAAGGGUAAAUUAUAAUCUCGGUAAUGGAAGAUUGGCCCUGCUUUCUAAAACACUUCGUAGUUCCACUCUGUUGAUUCCAUAAAGGAAAAAUAAUUGGUGUUUCCUCCUUGAGGAGAUGAGGGGAAAUCUUCUGAUCCUGAAAAAUAAUACAGUAGUUGAAUUCUCUUGAAGGAGCUUUGGGUAGUGACUUUUUUUUUUUCCCCACAGUAACUGCUUUGCCCCAGAAUUUUAAUUCUCAAAUUCAAUACUUGGAACUGGUUCAGAUACCAUUUUCUUAGAGGUAGCAAGUCAAGAUGGAAAUUGAGAUUACAAUCUAAUAAGAUUUUUGAUACUCAUGAGUAUAAUCAAAGUAAACUUGAUACUUCAAAAAAAUAGUUUUAUAUCAAUGAGCAUUCAAAUAAAAGUAAAUUUUAGAGUACUGGUUGGGAAUGAAAUAGUGCUUUUCUUGAAACAAAUUCCAGUUUAAGAGCUGUUUUAAGAGAAAAUGAGCAGAAUUUAAUACCAGGAGCAAUGGGGAAAGCUUUAUAAAAGAUACGUGGCCAUGUGGCUCUUGUAGUGGGUGAGUGCCAGUUGGAACUGUUCAUUCUUUGCCUACAUCAGCAGUAGCAACACUGAAAAGAAAAAACUCACUGAGAUUUUGGAAGGGUGAAACCUGGGUUGUGAUCUUUAUGGAGUUUACACUGAGAUGCUUAACAAGUAAUGCACAUCUCCUGCCAAGAAGUGGGGAAAAUAAAACUGGUUGCUCUUAAGGGUAGAACAUUGUCCUUUUCUCUGUGGGUGAAGCUGAGUCUGUAAAAAUGGAGAGUUGGUUUAUUGUUUGAAUGUUGGAACAUGAAGUUAUCACCUAGAUUUCAAUCUCACCUCAUUUUCCCUUUGUCUUGGAUAAACUCAUUCAUGAUUCUUUUUGAAUAUUAAAUCCAUAACUUAUACUUCAAAGCCUAAUCCGCGAAACUCACAGUGGUGCUGACUGUAAUAACCACUAUUGGGAAAAAUCCCGAAUACCUGCCUGUUGCCAUGCCAGUGGAGUGACUGAUGGGUGACAUCUGUCAGAGCAUGCUUUGUGUGGCCGGUAGAAUGCCGCCGCUGUGCAGACACUUUGUACAUCAGGGGUGAGGGAGGGUUUUCUAGAUUAUUGGGGGGGUGAAACUGGGAUUUUUCUUUAACCCACUCCUUUUUUGAUGGGGUGUGGGGUAUAGUACACAGCUUAUGCCCUAAAAUAACAUGUAUAAAAGCCCCUGAAGUAUUGUGUGGGUGUGCGUAUGAGUGUGUGUUUGUAUACAUCUAGCAAAUUAAACCUUUGUCUUCUGGAAAUUAGUGAAUCCUUUUCUUUUUUUCCUCCAGAAGUAUUUGUUACAGGAUUUGUAAAUAAGAGCUCUACUUAAUUUGUUUACCAUGAACGUGUUGCAACAAACCUUAAACACCUAAUUCCUGCAAGACUUAGAAAGGCUAAGACUUGCCAGGUUUAGCAGCAGCCAAGUUCUCAGUGACUGUUUGCCUUGAUUUGUGUUUUAGACUUUUCAUUUUGCCAGCUCGAAAACUAGUCCUCCUUGAUUUUAGUCCUUAAUCUUCUAUGCUCUGAGCAGGAAGGGUAAAAGAGGAACCUGCUUAAACAUAUGAAUUAGUCCUUGGGCUGAGACCGGGCAUCCUUUACAAUGUCGCUAGAUACAUGAUCAGACACCAGAGGGUUGGGCAUUCUUGCAAUACCUUAACAGUGCUGGAAUCUGCAGCAUGGUACUAAGGAAGUUAAAGUUUGAAUGUAACCACUUUAUUUAAAAGGUUUUUUCUUUAAUUUAAAUGAAAUAGGGUUGAAGUGAACAUGAUUUUGUUGACCAUGUUCGUGAAUUAUAGAUGCAACAUGCAUUGGUAGAAUCGUGUGAUGGUCUUUUGUGAUACUUAAUUUUUACAUAUCCCAGUCUCUGUAUGUAUCUGCAUAGACAAAAAACAAAUUCCGCUUUACUUUUAUUGAAGGGUUUCCAGGACUGCGUGUCUGCUCCUGAGCUCUGUUUUAAGUAUGUAUAUCCUUUGCUUGUAUUUUGUAUUAAAAAAUAAGAAAAAGAACCCCUUAUCGUUGAGCAUGUUGGCAUUGUCCCCUUUAUUUUUCUCUUUCGGGGACAUAUGAAGCAAGUUAUUCUUUUUCUGUAUCUUUUUUUUUUUUCUUUUGUAAACUUUUUUUCUGUUUUGUUUAAAAAUGGCUUUAUAAAAGGGCUUUUAUAACCCA